CCCAGCUUUCCUUCAGCUCAUUAAAGCUAUAGUCUUUCCUUCGCACCACAUUCUUGUCUUACUUUACCAUCUCAAUAACAACAUCCCAUCAACCAGGCCUGCUAUCCUUCAGCCUUAGCACCUCAACAUCUAACAGCACCCCAACGUCAACGUCCAACACCCAAUGGUCCACCGCCCAGCCGACUCCCGCCUCCUCUCCAACCUCAUCUCGCACGAAAAAGACUACUCCAAAUCGCUCGCCUCCCUCUCCUCCGCCACCCAGCUCUCGCUCUCGUCCUUCUCAGCCUACGCCUCCGCGUCCUCCCCGCUCAUCGCGCGCACCGUCCUCGCGGUCGGCGGUGCGCUCGCGGGCGCGGAUGAGGCAAUGAGGAGGUAUGCGGGGGCGGUGGAGGCGUGGAGGGAGGGGUUGGAGCGGUUGAGGGAGAUGGAGGACGAGGUGGGGAAUGUGAUGCGGGAUCGGGAGAUUCUAGUAACACGACUGAUCAAAGCCUCGAAAAACACGAAAUCUACACGAGAUUCAUUCAUGAACCUCUCCUCCCUCCCCGGCUCUCUCUCCCAAACCUCCCUCUCCUCUUCCUCUUCCCCUCAUUCCCACUCGCAAUACCACAACCCCCUCUCGACAACUUACAAUCCCUCCCCAUCCAACACGAACACGAAACUAACGGCCGCCCAAGCCGAACUCCAAGCCUGCGAAACACAACUCGCAGCAAAAGAAAGAGAGCUGGACGCGAUGCGGAUAAGCGUGAUUAGGGACGGGUUGAGGGUCAGGUGUGCGGCUUUGGGGGAGUGUGGGU